CUAAAAUGCUGGAGCAGAGCCGGCUUCUCUUCAUUCUGGCCAACCAGUUCGCCUCGCAGCAGGCCUACCGGCAGGCUGUGCAUUGCUUGACUGCCAUAUGCAGCCAGAGGUCGGAGCUGCCAUCCGUCCUGGCCCUGGCGCGCUUGCAGCUGGCCUCCCUGCUGCUCGACCGCUUCGACAACUUCCAGGAGGCCAAGGCCCUCUUGCUGAUUGCGGAGCAGGACCUGCGGCAGGGCCACCACCUACUCCGGAGCGAGGUGUGGGAUGCGCUUGCGCGCUGCAACCAGAAGCUUGGGGCGGUGGCAGCGGAGCACAAGGCACUGUCCUUGGGGCUGAAGGCAUGCCAGCAAGGCGCAACAUCCAAGGACGAGGAUGCGCUGGCGCACUGGCGCACGUACUUCUACUUCAAGCUGGCAGAGCACAGCAUGAUGCACGAGGGGCAGGAUGCUGCCACUGAUCAGUUGCAUCUUCUGGAUAACCAGGGCCUCACUCAUGCGGAGCGUGUGCUGCACCUGCUCUGCCGCGCCACGCUGCACCUGUGCGCGUGCGAACCGACAGCGGCAGCUGCCAUUGUGGAGGAGCUUAGCCCGCUUAUUGAGAAAGCAGGGCAGGGGAACAGCCUGCUGCACAAGCAGCUGCGCUGCCACUACAGCGUGCUGUACAUUGCCAUGGUGGUGGCAGCGGGCCGCGUCAACGACCUCAAACAGGCCCACGAGGUGGUGGAGCAGCAGCUCGCCCAGUGUGGAAUCGACAUGGAGGCAAGGGAGACACAGCUGGGUGUGCAGGCCAUCUGGGAAGGCCGCAUCUUCUGCCACCUCAGGCUGCUUGUGGUGGAGCAGCAGGUGCUGGCUGCACUGGUGGCCUCGCGCUUUGCGCAGGCAGGGGAGCUCUUGGCAGAGCUGAUAGCACUGCUGGACCGCUUCCCGAGGCACUAUGCCCACAGUGUGCAGCAGCAUGCCGCCGCCUCCGCCCACUUCCAGGCCGUGCUGCAAAGCGACGCAAAACAUCUGCAUGAUGCGGCUGCGGUUGCGGCAGCACUGGCGGAGCUGCACGGAAGCGAGGGCCCCACCGGCCUGCACCGCGCUGUGGAACUGCUGCAGCAGCGCGGGCUCACAGAGCUGACCCACACAUUGAGCCUGACGGUGCACGACAGGACCGCGGCACUGGUGGUCAAUGCUCUGGUGGCGCAGCGCUCAGGCGAUGACAGCAAUGCGAGGGUGCUGCUGACCAAAGCACUCAAGACGGCUCACGCGCAUUUGGGUAGCACGCAGAUGGUGGCACAGGUGUUGAACUGCUUGGCACCCAUCCAGGCCACCAAGGGAGAUAGGGCAGGGGCAGAGCAGAUGCUGGGCAGCGCCACCACACUGGGCAAGGCGCAGGGCGACCUGCCCACCCUGGUCUGCUCCAGCCGCGCGCUGCUGCGCAUCUUCAGCGUGAGCCCCGACAACGCCCAACGCAGCUCCAAGCAGCGCGAGUACACAGAGCGCAAGGCGGGGGACCUACAUGCGGCAGUGGCGCGCGCCGCGGCGGCGCCCAGCCACGCCACGCUGCUGGCCUGGGCCCCUUCCCAGCACCCCUAACAAGAGCAGCAGAAAGAAAUCCUCGGAUUCAUGCUGUUGACACGUCAGUGGUGUGUACGCAGAUACAUGUAUGCCCAGGUUGAG